AUGUUACGCCGAUUGCAGACUCUGCUCCAGAGGAAGUUUAAAAUUUUGCUCUUCUUUCUCCUCGUCUUGGCUCUCCUGAUGCACAUGGCAUUGGACUUGGCUCUCCCAGCUGCUCCCAGCUCCUGCAGCUGUAUCCCAAAAGCAGCAAACCCCUUGGGCCUCCCGCCAUCCGGCCCGUUAGUUUCAGUCCAAAAAAAGUUGAGCUUGAGGAUUCUUCAGGAUUUUAGUGGCAGCAAUGGCUCCUUGGAGAAAGGCUCCCGCUCACUGGAAGGGAGGCCACCAGCAGGUGACAGAAGCAAGACAGUUCUCCGAGAUCGUGACUUUAAGCACCAGUGGGCAGGAGUGAAGUCGGCAUGGACAGGGCGGUCAAAGAUGGCAGCACUCUUUGAGCAUCCCCUCUAUAAGAUCCCAAUCCCGGAACUGGUGAAGAAGGACAAGCUCUUCAGUGUCAACCCCAAAGAGAAGUUCACGCUGAAAAGCAGUGGGAGUGAUGAAUGGGUCAGCAGCAGUAAAGCAGAGAUGGUCCUUCCAACUGGAAAGACCCCAUAUGAUACCUACCCCACAUGGCUCAGGUUCCACAUUGGCAUCAAUCGCUAUGAGCUGUACUCCCGGCAGGACCCCAUCACUCCUACGCUGCUGGAGGAACUGGCUACACAGAAAAUCAUCGGCUCAGUCCAGAAACCUGGAGGGACCCAGCUGAAGUUGAUCAUGACGUUCCCAAAUUAUGGAGAGGCACUCUUCAAACCCAUGAAGCAGACCCGGGACCAAGAGACCCCAGCAGAUUUCUUUUAUUUCUCGGACUUUGAACGACACAAUGCAGAAAUAGCAGCCUUUCACCUGGACAGGUGA